AUCACGGAAAAACGUGGCGGACAUGGCUAGUCUUUAUUCUGAUUCGUCGUAUGCUACGCGCAUCGUCCCUAGACCUGUUAGCCCAGCGUUUUCGCCGUUAGAUGAUGUUGGGCGAAAUGGGAUGGGAUGCAUGCACGGCCUCGCACGUUGGUUUGAUGGCAAUAGCAUCACUGUGAAAUCUCCGCAUCUGCGGAUCGGGUUAGGACGGCAGCUCGAUGUGCGGGAGAUACCAGUGAACUUCUUGAGCAGAAUAUUGUGAAGAGCGGUCUUGCGGAAAUCGCUGGAGGGUAAUAAACGGGAGACGCUGUCGAGACUAUGUCAGGUAGUAGUCUCGACUCACUCUCGUCUUGCAUCAGACCGACUCCUGAUGAACUAAUGGCAUCACCUCCAGAAACUAACUUCGUCGGAGCUUUUUGGGAUUAUGAGAACUGUAGCAUCCCCAGCGGAGGCAAGAUGGCUGACGUCGUCCGUCGACUGAAAGGGAUAUGUCGUGCCUAUGGAGAGGACAUCUCAAUUCGGGCUUAUGGCAAACAGGCACUUCUCGGUUCACGCUCGAGCGACUUGCAAGCAUGCGGUGCGGAGUUCGUGCAAGUGCCGUCAGGGAAGGAAAUGGCAGACAAGGCCAUGAUCCUAGACGUCAUGUGCUUCGCCUUUGACUUUAAGGAAUGGAUUCGGGAAGCACACAUCACCCAGCACGAGAAAUCACCGAGCCGGAUUUCGUCAAUAAGCAGGUCGGCUGGCCUAAGCGUGGUGCUUAUCACUGCUGACUCGGGGUUUGUUCCACUUGUAUCUGGACUCCGUGCUCGUGGUGUCAAAGUUGUCGUGGUCACCAGAAUUCCUAGUCCAUUGAAGUCACAUCCAGUGUCUUUUGUCAACUUAUACAUAUUAUCUAUGUAGAAGUUAUAGGCUAGACUGAGGUAUGCUUCUAGUGAGU